AUGCCCAACAAUAUGAACUUAAUUUUAGGUACAACUGUAGGUACUUACUUCCUUUACAAAGCAGUAGCGCCUUCAGACAAUGCUCGAGAAUUAACCUGGCAAUCCUUCAGAACCCAACUCUUGGACAAGGGCCUUGUCGAACGUCUCGAAGUCCUCAACAGAAACCGUGUACGUGUUCAUUUACGCAACGAUGCUAAUUCUUUGGGCGUUUCUCCCGCCACCUCAUUUUAUUUCUCUAUUGGAUCUGUCGAAGCCUUCGAACGUAGCUUGGACGAGGCACAAAAGGAACUCGGUAUUCCAUCCAACGAAAGAUUACCUGUUGCCUAUCACGACGAAAUCAGCAUUGGUCAAACGGUACUUCAUUUCGCUCCUACUUUACUCAUUAUCGGUGUCAUUUACUACAUGACAAAGAAAGGUCCUGGUGGUGCCGGCGGUGGUAUCUUUGGUGUAGGAAAGAGCAAAGCAAAGAUGUUUAACCAAGAAAAUCAAGUCAGUGUCAAAUUUAAGGACGUUGCUGGUGCUGAUGAAGCCAAGUUAGAAAUUAUGGAGUUCGUCAACUUUUUAAAGAACCCUCAAAUCUAUGAAAAGUUAGGUGCUACCAUUCCCAAGGGUGCUAUUCUUUCAGGUCCUCCUGGUACAGGUAAAACUUUGUUAGCAAAGGCCACAGCCGGUGAAGCAGGUGUUCCCUUUUACAGCGUCUCUGGUUCAGAAUUUGUUGAGAUGUUUGUUGGUGUAGGUCCUUCUCGUGUACGUGAUUUGUUCGCUACAGCCAAGAAGAACUCCCCCUGUAUCAUUUUUGUGGAUGAAAUUGAUGCCAUUGGUAAGGCUAGAGGUAAAGGUGGACAAAUGGGUGGUAACGAUGAGAGAGAAAGUACCUUGAAUCAAUUGUUGGUUGAAAUGGAUGGUUUUGAUUCUAACCAACAUGUCGUGGUAUUGGCUGGUACCAAUCGACCCGAUGUAUUGGACCCUGCCUUGAUGCGUCCUGGUCGUUUUGAUCGUCAUAUCUCCAUUGAUCGUCCUGAUAUUGGAGGUCGUGCUGAUAUCAUUCGUGUUCAUUUGAAGCCUAUCAAGACCAAGGUAGACACUGAGCAACUUGCUCGUAAAUUAGCUGCAUUGACUCCUGGUUUCAGUGGUGCUGAUCUUCAUAAUAUCUGUAACGAAGCUGCCUUGAUUGCUGCACGUCAUUUAAAGGAAGAGGUCGAAGAAAAGGAUUUCGAAGAUGCCAUUGAACGUGUUAUUGCAGGUCUCGAAAAGAAAUCUCGUGUUUUGUCACCUGAAGAAAAAAAGACGGUGGCGUACCAUGAAGCAGGUCACGCUGUGGCAGGUUGGUACCUUGAACACGCUGAUCCUUUACUCAAGGUGUCAGUCAUUCCUCGUGGUUCUGCUGCCCUUGGUUAUGCUCAAUACUUGCCCAAGGAUCAAUACCUUUAUUCCAAGAAGCAGUUAUUGGAUCGUAUGUGUAUGACAUUGGGUGGUCGUGUAUCUGAACAAAUCUUUUUUGAUUCCAUUACUACUGGUGCUCAAGAUGAUUUACAAAAGGUCACCAAGAUUGCCUAUGCUCAAGUCACUACAUACGGUAUGAAUGACAAGGUUGGACCCCUUUCAUUUAGUGAUCCUUCGGGAGAACAACAAUUCCAGAAACCCUUCUCUGAGCAAACAGGUACCUUGAUUGAUAAUGAAGCUCGUACAUUGAUUACAGAUGCUUAUGCUCGUACCUUGACAUUGUUGACCGAGAAGAAGGGAGAUAUUGAAAAGGUAGCCCAAUUAUUGUUGGAAAAGGAAGUGUUGACAAGAGAGGAUAUGGAGAAUUUAUUAGGUAGAAGACCCUUUGUUGAACAUACCGUGUAUGAUGAGUAUGUCCGAAGACCUGCUACACAAUCUGAGGAAGCCCCACCAGAUUUCCCCAAGGCCAACGACGAUGGCACAGUGCAAUAG